AUGUCCGCCACCGUCCAGACCCGAGUCGUUGAUCUCGACCAGCUAAUUCCCCGAGUCGUCAAAAAAGACAUAGAAAAUCUCAUCCCAUGGGUGUACAGCCACUCCAAUAUAGCCGACGAAGAUGACCAGUACGACUUAUCAUUAGAAGAGUACGACAUCAGACAACUUUUCCAGAUGUUCUGGGAUUACCAUAAUGCUUUGGCCUCAAACGCCCGGAGCCUCGUUGGCCCUAUAACAGCGAAAGUGAAGAUUGUAUUGCCCCGAAAGAACUGGAAAGUGGCACAGCCGAGAACCUUCUACUUACAAAGUUUGAUGCUACAUACCUUACUAAUGAUAGUCCCUGCGAACGUUGAGAAAAGCAGGGCACGGGAUAUGGAGGUCUGGACGCCCAAUGUGAUAUCGUCAUCGAAGUACAUGAUCGGCCGUCAAAAGUGCGCCAGCAUGCCAUUGGCACACUUGACGGUUGGUCCUCGUAGGGAGCCGAUAAUAUCUUGUCCUACGUGGCGCGAAGGACAACCCUGGGACCAAUUCACCGCAGAAGUCCUCAGUGUCAUGCUCGGCCAGCUAGCCGACAACAUCCGCAUCCGCGGUCAGCGAUUACAGGACCAGGAAGUUUUUGUGGUUGGCUUCUAUGGCCCUCAUAUCUACAUCGCCCGUGGAUACUUCCCCGUUGAGACAAUCAAAAGAGUACACGCAAAGGGAUGUUCGGAUGAUGAACACCUCGAACUGAAGUUUACGCGAGGAUAUGAUCCCUGCCGGAAGGACGACUGGUUGGAGGCUAUUCGGGCGCUCUCAAGGCUGUUUCGGUACUUGAUGAGUGGGAGUGCUAAGGUUGGCGCUAUACAGAAGAUUUUGUCUGAAUCUGUUGCCACGGUAAAGGGUUCAUGA